ACGGGGCGGGGCUUGCUCUAGAAUUACACAUCGAUGUAACCAAAUGUGUUGGACGGGCUUAUUUUUAUUUUUAUUAUUUAUUUAUUUUUCAAUUUUUAAAUACACCAUUUUGGUCUUUCAUCCACUGUGUUGCUUGUAGAUUAUAUUCUAUAUAGGCGGCACGAUUAGAGGUUAGCACGUCUGCUUCACAGUUGUGAUACAGAGGCUUCGAGGAUCAAGGUCCUAAUCCCCCAAACCGGCCAAACUCCAGGGAAGAGGGAAAGUCGGAGGACAAAAGUCAUAAUGCAGAGGUAAAAAAAAAAAAAAAAAAAAAAAAAAAAGUCGAGCCUCUUAGCUAUAGGCUUGUAAUGUCGGAGAUCCCGCCGCUGCCACCGGAGCUAUGGGUGUCUGUGCUGAGCUUUCUGGGCCCCGCCGACAUGCAGGCGGUGCGCUGCUCGUGCAGAGCCCUGCGUCUGCUAGCCGACCACUCGUACUUGUGGCGGGGCCAGGCGGUGGUGCUCUCCGACCUGCGCCGCUACACAUACGGCUUCUGGGAAACGCUGCAACGACGCAAACUCACCCGCGUGGCCGUUCGUCACCUGCGGCGCAAAGAGUGGCGGCGCCUGGUAAAGUUCUUGCCGAUGCUGAGCGCCGUGGCCUUUGUCAACGGCGGCCGUGUAUACGACCAAAAGUACUUGGAGCACCUGCUUCACUUUGCCGACUUGCGCGAGCUGGCCGUGCGGGACGCCGUGUGGUCGGGGCCCAUGCUGAGCCCGGCCCUCUGCCUCCACUUAAGCACCCGGCUCACCCACCUGAGCGUGUGCAACAUCAGCAUGCCGUCCGCCGCUGACUUUGUCCGCGCCUUGGCCGGUCUGCGCAAUCUGCGCUACCUGCUCUUCCACCAGCAAGGGGAUGGCUGCGGUUUGGACCGGGUGCGGCCGGUGCCCCGGGACGACUUCCACCAAAUGAUGAUCGGCCUGCCCAAGCUCGCUCAUCUGUCGUGGGGCAUGAGGGGCGAGCCCCAGGAGCCCCUGCCGGACGACUACCUGAGCCCCGUCGACUCACGGCGUCCAGAUUUACCGUACGGGGGUCCGGCCCUGAGCAGCCUGGAGCUGGUGGACUACCCCGAGACUAUCUUGCCUUACAACGCGCUGAGGAGUUUAACAUCCCUGCGCUCCCUGACGGUGCGCUACAGCUACAUCCGUGACGGCCGCGACUGCCGCCUGGCGUCCUGGCUCGACCCCCUCGAGCACCUGGAGACCCUCGGAAUUGUGGGCGAGAACUCGCUGUCGCUUUACACCGACACCAUCCCGGCAGGUGUGACGCGGCUGACGUUGCGCGUGGCUAUCACGCUGAAGGAGUUGGAUGCUAUCGCGCCCAAAGUUGUGGCCCUGGAGCACCUGGAUAUCGAGCAGAACCGCUCCAGCGGAAGCCUUUGCCGACGCAUCCCCAUGUUGUUCCCGUAUUUGAAGACUCUGCGCAUACGCUUCUUCCGCCGUGAGCCCGAGAAGGACCUCCUGAACCUGCAGCGUCUUCUCCACUUGGAGCGUCUGGAGCUCGUGGUGGAGCGUUCCUUCAUCCUGCGAGACUACAUGACUGGGCACCUGUGGCCCAGCCCCGCCGUCCAGGAGCUCAUCGAUCAGCUGGUGCGGCUGUCGGACAAUCGUAUCAAGGUGGUGACCGCCAUGCGUCGCCGAGACCCGAUCCGGGAAUGCAACUGCCUUUGGGAGGGGGACUGACUGCUCGACGACUUUGAUGUAGCCAGUUAACACUGACCCCCACCAUGUCUUCUGUGGCUUAGCGGACAGACAAACGGAUGACCUUUGGAUCCGCUACAUCCAGGUGGCGAGAAGAGGUCGUCGUCGUCGUCGUCAUCAAAGAGGCUGCUUCUCGGCGACGCGGCAACACCGGUGAGGCCGGAGGGUGCACUGACGCUGGACUUCAUGGCUGCCGGCUCGCCGCCGGACUUCACAGCUGCCGCCUCAUUGUUCGUUUUGGGGCUUAGCCACUGAUCCUGAGGUGAUAUUCGACCGGUUAGCAAAUUGCGGGAUAUAUAUUCAGAGUCCCGCCCGUCGCGUACCUCGUCAUCACUGAAGAGGGAGCCAGAAAUGGCUUUGGUGGGCUGCGGUUUCAAUGUGUUCGCUGGCUUGGGUUUUGCUUUGGACUUGGAAGCAGAUGCAAAGAGAUCCUAGGGGAUGAGGAAGUAGAAAGUUUCAAAAAUAUUGUUCGAGUCAUAUUAGAACAGGGGUGUCCUAACUUUUUUCUCCCACAUCCGCUCACUGAAAAUCCUCCACUUUCACUUGUUAAAUUGAGAUAGGAAUCUGGUAUAUAUAUAUAUAUUAGGGCUGUCGAAAAUUAUUAAAAUUAUCGCAUUAACAGGCGGAAUUUUUAAAAAAUUAAUCACGUUAAAAUAUUUGACGCAUUUAACGCACAUUCCCCGUUCAAAGAGAUUAAAAUGACAGCAGAGUUUAAUGUCCACUUGUUACUUGUGUUUCUCGGUGUUUUGUCGCCCUCUGCUGGCGUUUGGAUGCGACUGCUUUUAUGGGCUUCAGAACCCAUGACCAUAGUGUAAGUAAUUAUUGACAUCAACAAUGGCGGGCUACUAGUUUAUUUUUUGAUUGACAAUUUUACAAAUUUUAUCAAAACGAAAAUAUUAGGAGGGGUUUUAAUAUCAAAUUUUUAUAACUUGUACUAACAUUAAUCUUUUAAGAACAAGUCUUUCUAUCCAUGGAUCGCUUGAACAGAAUGUUAAUAAUGUUAAUCUUGUUGAUUUAUUGUUAUAAUGAACAAAUAUAGUACUUAUGUACCGAAUGUUGAAUGUAUAUAUCCGUCUUGUGUCGUUCCAUUCCAACAAUAAUUUACAGACAAAUAUGGCAUAUUUUAUAGAUGGUUUGAAUUGCGAUUAAUUACGAUUAAUUUUUAAGCUGUAAUUAACUCGAUUAAAAUUUUUAAUCGUUUGACAGCCCUAAUAUAUGUAUUUAAGUACUAUUAACUCUUUUGCUGCCAUUGUAUCAUGUUAUAUAAUAUACCUGUAUUGGUGCCAUCAUUCUGAGCGAGCAAAGUUUUUGAGCAAGCAAUAAUGGAUUUUGAGCACAUAAAAUAAUAUUGAGCAAAAUAAAAUCUCCUCUGGGCUCCAUAAUUAUAGUUUCAUCCACUCAAUUCCUCCACCCGCUCUCGCUCAAUCUCUGUGCUCACCGGUUUGUUUUCUCUGUGCGCUCACUUGGACACACACGUUCCAAAUGUAGGUCUACUUCCGCCUGCUCUCGGGUUGUUUGGUUUCAUGGCACAUUUAGAAUGAGUGUGCCCAGGUGAGCGCGAAAAGAAAACAAACUGGCGAGCGCAGGGGUUGAGAGACUGAGCGAGAGCGGGUGAAACUACAAUUAUGGAGCCCAAACCAGAUUUUUUUUAGCUCAACAUUAUUUUAUGUGCUCAAAAUCUAUUUUGGCUCUCUCAAUAUAUUUUUAUGUGCUCGAAAGCUUUUUUCUGUGCUCAAAAUCUAAAACUGCUCACUCAGAAUAGUGCCACCAAUUGACGCCAUACCACUGACAGCGAUAGAGGGCCGCUCCAUUUUGACUAGGAAGCCCCCCCCCAAUCAAAACAGAUUGGUUGUCUACUAUCGUCAAUGGCGGUGAAACGUGAUUACGCAAUGCCAGCCUUCCCAGUUGGAAUGGGUUUGAUGUCUGGAACGGUUAAUGGCAGUGAAUGAGUUAGGAGCUACAAGCAACGAAAUAAUCCAGAGGUAAAUGCAUAUUGCAAAAUAAUAAAAUGUCCAGUGAAAGCCAAAAAAGUAAGGAAAUCACAUCCAAGAUAAAUUGAGCUGUUUAUGUAAAACAAAAAUACUCUACAUUCACGUCAACGUGUACUGUCAGGUUUUGGCCAGCUAGCUGAAAGAGGCUCUUCAAGUGACUGGCGCCAUCUUGUGUUAAAACUGAGAAGUGCAACUGAAUGUAGGUUGACUAGGCACGAAUGCUAUUUUUAGACAGUGACCUCGGCAUCGUAACCAGGAAGUGGGUCAACACAGACACGCCCUUGCAUACAAACUAUGUUAUUAUUGCUUGUUUUCUGCCGGUAAUCUUUCAAAAAAGAACAUGCAGAGUAAACACUGCUACUAUGGAACUUGUUGAAACUAUUAGAUAUUACAACAUAUGAAGGAUGUUUUCUUCAUACGUUUCCCGAAGCCAAAAACUCAGAGGAAAAAAUGUGAACAAUGGAUCAACUUGUGCGGACGUCCAAAAGAUCCGUUUAACGCCAACAAGGUGAGGCCAUUCACCUUCAUGUGCAGUAAACAUUUUGUUGGGGGCCAUGGCCCUACAGAGGAUGAAGAUUUAAGCCAUUGUGAUAUUUUUACUUAUUUUCUAGCGUGACAUUUUGGAAUGCUGCUUCUGUCUGACAAUGAAUGACCUGAAAAAAUUUAAAUGGUAUCUGACUGCCAGUGUUGUUACUAGUACUGCAACGAUUAAUCGAUUAACUCGAGUAUUCGAUUAGAAAAAAAUAUUCGAAUUAAAUUUUGUUGCUUAGAGUAUUCGUUUAAUUAAGGUGGCGUUGGAAUGUUUUUUUUUUUUUUAAAGUAUUUGCAUUUCGUUUUAUUGAUUAGGGUGGAUACACUGCCCUCUGGUCUGCCUCAUUUCACAUGGUUGAAUCCAACUGAUCCCUGUUAAGACCAACGUAAGCAAAGUUUUUGUUUGAGAAAAUUUUUUUUUUUAAUGCAUUCGUAAAUUAGUUUAUAGAAAUAUUUAGCCGUUUUUUGUGGGAAUAUGUGUCUGACCCAUUUGUUGGGAGCAUUGAAAAAAACGUUAGCAUUUUAUAGCAUUUAAGCUAUCAGACUUUUGCUAUGUAGGUUAGCCAAUUGUUCUUUUGUUGUACAUAGAUCCUUGCCUGGUACACCAGACUCAACGCUGUUCCAGCUAUUGAGUCUGGCCACCAUUCCCACGGAUACAAUUUCCAGGGCGGAGCAAGCCACAGCAAACAGACAGCGGAGUGGACCAAUCAGCGACGGGCAGACGUGACGUUAUUAACUGACGACGGAAGCACGAGGGACUUGCGCGCGGAAGUAAACAUACGAAGAGAGCGGAGUUUAUUCAACAUGGCUAGCGCGAGACAGACUAUUGUCAUUGACUCGUGUCGAUGUGUUUUUGGUAAUUUAAAACAGAAUUUACCGCGGAUUGGAACAUGUUCUCGGUUAUCCCGUUGACCAUCUGUGUUGUGGAGACGACUUUCGACGCGCAAGAGUGACGUUGCUCGUGAAAAACACGUCACGCAAAUAAACGAAUCUGAUUUGUCGAUUGAUUUUGUACCUGCUCGAAAAGGCCGUUAAUGGGAUGGUUCCCAGACUAUUUCUCUCAGUGUUUGAAAAAUACAGGGAGAAUAGUUUGGCAGAGCCAGGCAACAUAGAUCCUAAUUUAUUAAUUUUUUUUACCAUUUGAGGCUCAGCUCAGGUAUUUUAAUUUUUCAUGUUCCUUAUCCGAUUAUUCGAACUAUUUCAUCGAUUAAUCAACUACAAAAAUAAUCCAUAGCUGCAGCCCUAGUUGUUACCUUUUCUGUUGUCAUAAAAACAACUUUAGUAAGGGGGAAGUGUAAAUAAAUUAUAGAAUUAAGAUUUGUUAUCAAUGAAAAAAUUAAAAGUGUUCGUUGGCUGUCACUGAGUAGCAUUUGCGAUCGCUACACAAAAAUAGCAAUAUAAAUUACCCAUGAGAACGGAAGACAACCAGAGGAUGUAAUAUACAAGAAAGACAGGGAAAAUGGUGGUAAAGGAUAGUUGAAAUAGAAUGUCAUUGUCAGUGGCAUAAGGCAAUGCACACAAGAAAAAGGUGUCGAUAAAAAAAGCUACCUCUGGAUCAGGUCGGCUCUUUUUCAGCCCUCGACCCUCAAGCAAUCUCUUUAACUGAACAUUUGUAUGUUCUUCCACAUCUUUACAGUGAAUUUGGCACCAGGGACAUCAUUUUUAGACAGAACUGGUAGGUUUAGCUCAGUAAACAUUUCGUUCGUACUAAGGGGUGUCAAACGAUUAAAAUUUUUAAUCGAGUUAAUUACAGCUUAAAAAUUAAUUAAUCGUAAUUAAUCGCAAUUCAAACCAUCUAUAAAAUAUGCAAUAUUUUUCUGUAAAUUAUUGUUGGAAUCGAAAGAUAAGACACAAGAUGGAUAUAUACAUUCAACAUACGGUACAUAAGUACUGUAUUUCUUUAUUAUAACAAUAAAUCAACAAGAAGGCAUUACCAUUAUUAACAUUCUGUUAAAGUGAUCCAUGGAUAGAAAGACUUGUAGUUCUUAAAAGAAAUGUUAGUACAAGUUAUAGAAAUUUUAUAUCAAAACCCCUCUUCAUGUUUUUGUUUUAAUAAAAUUUGUAAAAUUGUCAAUCAAAAAAUAAACUAGUAGCCCGCCAUUGUUGAUGUCAAUAAUUACUUACACAAUGCUCAUGGGUGCUGAAGCCUAUAAAAUCACUCGCACCCAAGCGCCAGCAGAGGGCGGCAAAACUCCGAAAAACACAACAAGUACACCUUUCACUGUGCCAUCAUUUUAAUCUGUUUGAGCGGGGCAUUUGUGCGUUAAUUGCUUCAAAUAUUUUUACGGGAUUAAUUUAAAAAAUUAAUUACUGCUCGUUGACGCGAUGAUUUUGACAGCCCUAGUUCAUACAAUAUUUACAUGGAUUUAGCAUUACGGAAAAACGCGAGCUUGACCUGCCUAGCAACAAUUGCUAACGUCAUGAAUAUUGAUGAGCAAAAGCGACGUGUUGCGUGCGGUACGCCAUUGAAGCUUCUUUUGCGGGCCAUGUUCAAUGAUAUUCUCAUCAUUUAUUGCGGGACUCGAAAAAUUAGGCAGCGACCGUAGUUUGAACACCCCUGUAGUAAAGGGACUGCUUCUAUUUCAGCGUAACGACAUUUGUUUACCUCUUCGUGAUCAUCGUCGAAAAAGGUCACAUGUUGCUUGCUGAUUCUGCUCUGAUUCUUGGUUUGGGGAAGAGACUGACUCCUGGGGAUGGUUGCAAAGAUCUACAAGAAGCAUCCAUCAUAAAUACUGUAUCACAGAAAAGAUCUCGUCGAGGAACUGAUGAGCUCACUUGAGUGUCGUCGUCAUCGGAAAAGAUGCCGCUCGUCAGGGGUUUCUUGGUCGGAGCCGGGCUGACGUUUGGAACCGAACCGUUCUAAAAAAGGUGACAAUCAUGACCGAAGCCCUGAAAAAAAACAUUUAACAGCAAUGAGUUUGUCGAACCUUUUCCGAUUUUUCCGAUUCCUCACUGGAAGAAAGAUGACGUUUCUUCAAGCUCUCUGUCAGCAAGUUUUUCGUUCCGGGACCGAACAUGGAGACUGCACCGGCUGGCAUCUUUUAAAAUAAAAAUAAAGCACACGUACCAUAUAUUUUCAUUCAUGGUGGAAAUUUGUCUUUUUCUUACCUUCUUUUCUGGCGGUUUAACCGGCGGCUCUUCCACCUUCUUGUUCCUAUCCGCCGUCUCACCAAAUAUGUCACGGUCCUUGUCGUCUUCGUUGAAAAGGUCGGCGGAUAUUUUAGCUUUGGCUUUUUCCUGUGUAGCUGGAGACACAAAGUGACAAGCAGAAUGACUGCGACGUAAAUCGAAUCCAUUCUAAUCCACAGAAAUCAUUCAUCAUCAUCAGAAAUCAUUCUUUGGACUGGGAGCGAUCGAAGUGCGGGGGCAGUCAAAGUCUUCUUUAUUCAUAUAUUUAAAAACAAAAAGGAGACAAAUGUAAUUACCUUUUAUAUCUUAAAAAAAAAAACUACAUUAAAGUUUUGUUACAUUUAACAUUUUCAUUCAUUUUAAAUAAAAAACAAGCAUGAAUAAAGGAAAAGCAGUACAGUAAAGAAUAUAUUUGGCUAUUUAUACAUUUUUAACAUUAAAAAAAUAAGGAAAUCAUGUAAAUAUCCUCUUAGUUAUGUUUACAUUAAAAAGAGGAAAAGCAGUUAUUUUAUUUAUCAAAAUAAAAAAGUUAUUUUGUGUUUUUAUUUUUAGUUGUUUUUUUUAAUUUUUGUAUUCAAAAAAAAGAAAAAAAAGGGGGGGGGGUGGAAGCAGUACAGUAAAUAGUUUCUAUUUUCCUAUUUGUUUCACUGCCACUGAUGGCGACAGUUGGGACAAGGAGAAGACCAAUGAAGGAACAUUCAUUCGCCCUUUCCCAAUCAAAAUGGAUAGGACAUCUAUCACCCUCAUUGAGUUAAAAAUGAACACUUACCGUUUUUCAGGUUUUUAGCACUGAAGAAGUCAUCGUCGUCGUCCUCUUCGUCAAACAGCCCCCCGCUGGUGGGGGCCUGUUUAGGAGGGACGUUGCUUUUGCUGUGUGUCGCUCCGUUUUCUGUUAAGUCUCCCACAGGACCGAACAGGCUGUUGCCUAUGUCAGAAAAUCAGAAGUUAUUUGGGGCGCUUUCUCACAUGUAAAAACGGUAAACGCUUAUACCUGGAAAUAUCGAAACAGCACCAGCUGGAACUUUCUUGACACUUUUUUCAGGUUCUUUCAGGAGGAGAGGUGUGAAAAUGCUCAAUAUGUAAUGUAGUUUUUGAGGAAACACAGUAUUUACCUGCUGCUCGAGUGUCGCUCUCGAUGCUUUCAUUUGCUGAUUUUUCCUCUGUGGACACGGGAAGCGUCGCUGUGUUGGAGAAGAGAUCACCCUGCGUGGUAGUCCAUAAUUGGAGGAUCUUUUGUCAUGUUUUUCACGUUCCAUCAUGUUAACGUAUGAGGAGGGAUGAUUUAGCAAGGCAGACCGUUCGGUCUUGAUGUGCGGUCGAUAAAAAGUUUUCGAAAUCCCGCCAAAACCAAAAAAUGGCUGCAGGUGUUCAGGAUAUUAAACCCGGUAUUCUGUCAGAUUAGGACAUCCAUAUGAUUUUGUAGCACACAUUAGAUAGCACAAAGCGCUUCAUAAAACUUUUCAUUUACAGUUAUGUCAUUGGGACAAUAUUUUGCGGCCCCCAUUUGACUUCCAAUUGUUAUAUUAGUGUUGCCUGCAUAUAUUUGCUAUAAAAAAAUGUCAAUGGUUUUUAAAUUAAACAGGGAUGCAUUUCAGAUUUUUUUUCCAAUGCAAACUGGAAAAAAAAAUCAAUGAGUAAUAAAAAUAUCAUCCUAAAUCAAAUCAAAUAUUCAUUUUCCGAACCCCUUAUCCUAACUAGGGUCAAUGUUAAUAAAAUUAAAUAUUUUUUGUUUUAAUUAAUCUCUUGUGACCUCACAUAGAUAGCAUUUCUCUUUGUCUGCCAUGGACGGCAUCGGAUCGUUUCCAGCCCCUCCUCGUUGAAAUGGAUUGGAUGUCUUGCUGCCAAUAGGUGUUUUGAAUAUCAAUUUCCCUCUUUUACUAACUACCACAACACAUACUGGCACUCUGUGACCUGGGCUGGCAGUAACUUAAUGAGUUAUUUUGACGCCAAAAAUGUUUGGUAAAUCUGCAUUUUAACACGAAAUCACAAUGGCGGCCCUAUGUAGCCCAGUGCACACCGCACGGGCUCAGGCACGUAUAUAUCUAUAAAUAAACUAUUAUAAAGUGCUUUGAGCAACAGUUAAUAUGUGGGAAAGCGCUACAUAAGGAUAUGGGUAACAGCACAAUUCAAGAAAAUCUACUGAUAGUGACAGGGUUUGUGAGGCUCACCUUGUUCAUGAUAACUUGUAGUGAUUACUUGUUAUUUAGAGAUUUAAAAAAAGAAUAAAGAAAAAUUUGAAAUUUGUGUCGUUGCAAUCCACCUAAAUUCUUGAAACAAAAAAUAUCCUCGCAAAGACAUUUGAAUGUUGUUGUGCAAUCUGGAGGGGAAUGAGAAAGUCAAUGACAUUACUUCGUCAUCGUCGUCAAAGAGUCCUUUCCCUCCGCUGAAGAGACCACUCUUGGUGCCGAACGGUGAGACGUGGUCUUCGUCUUUGUCGUCGUCCAUUUCUGGAGGUUUGAACAUGUCGUCACUAUCGUCGUCAGCCACUGAAGGAAGAGGAAUUUCAGCUCGAUAGUGGAUUACCACUUGGGAACAUGAUACAUGAGCAAAAAUAAAGACUGAAAAGCCCGUGCGUACCGUCCGAGCGUGUCGGCUUUGCUUGGUUUUUACUUUUACUUUUCUUCCUUGAUGACAAAGCUUAAAAAAAAAAAAAAAAAAACAUAUCGCGUGUAGAUGGCUCCGACUGACAACGGUAGGUGACGUGGUGGCGGCGACUCACAGGCUCGAUCCCCCGUCGGUUUGCCAACCAGUUCGCCUUUAAUUCUUGCGGCGAGUUCGUCGGCGAAGGACGACGGGCCUGCAUUCUGAAACCAACAUAGAAUAGAUGAACAAUCCGAGACGCGGCCGUUUUUGUAACAGCCCUACUGACCUUUGUGUUCUCCUCCUCCUUAUCAGACUCUCCAAAUAUGUCAGAAUCGUCAUCGUCCUCUUCGUAGCUCAACAUAGAUGACUUCUGAAAGCAUUGAGUAUUUAUUUCUAAAGUCUAUUCAAUUCAGUUGAAAUGUUCACUCAUUGGCUGCCACUGACGGUGACGGACAUCCAAUCCAUUUGAAGGAAUGGUUAUUCGCUGUCACCCUCUCAGUUUAAAUGGAUUGGACGUCCACUAAGCAAAAACUUUUAUUUUCACAGCAGGAUAAUUGGACGUCUAUCGUCAUCAGUGACACUGAAAGAGUUUAUAUACACUCUUAUAGGUUAGCGUACCUUCCUGAUACUACGGCGACCGUCAUCAUCCUCCUGCAUAAAGUCCUCGUCUGAAUGCUGCGAAGAAACAACUUUUUUUUUUCAAACCGCCACACUUAAAUGCGAAUGAAAUGCACUUACAUCUUGUGCGUCUUUGUCGUCUUCACUGUCGAUCACGCUGUCUCGCUCGCUGUCCACUGACAGUUCUGCGCCGAUAAAAAAACAUUAAAUACACAAAGUAACAUCCAAAAAUUGAGAGGGAAAAAAAAAGGCAAACUUUUCACUUUUUUAAAAAAUAAUUAUUUUGCAAUUUAUCAUUUAAAAGGAAAAACAAUAUUUUUAAAUUGCUUUAAUUUUCAUAUGUAAUUAAUUUGGUAGAUUAAAAAAUGUCCAAUUCCUUUUUAAAUAUCUUAAUAUUGUCUUGUUUUAUUUAAACUUUUAAUUCAAAAAGGGAAAAACUGUAUUAUCAUUUUUAAAUGUAUAUUAAUUUGUGUUAUAUCUUACAACAUUUCAGGUCAAAAGGAAAAAAAAAACACUAAUUAUGUUUUCAUUUUUUAAUUGCUUUUUUAAAUGGUUUCGAUCAAAAUUGACCAG